AUAACAAAAACUGAACAUGAAAAUGUUUACUUGGGAGAUUGUGGAUCAUACGAUCCUUAAAAAACUUCUUGUAGUUUUGCUUUGUGCAUUUUUGUUUUGGAAGAUCAUUAGAUACAUGUGUGGUCUUCUCAAAGUAGAGAAGGAACCGGUCACAGUAUUGGUCACCGGUGCUGCAGGGCAAAUUGGUUAUGCUCUCGUUCCAAUGAUUGCAAGAGGAAUGAUGUUAGGCCCAAAUCAGCCUGUAAUUCUGCAUAUGCUUGAUAUUGAGCCAGCAGCAGAGGCCCUUAAAGGGGUAAAGAUGGAACUAACUGAUGCUGCUUUCCCACUUCUUAAAGGUGUUGUUGCUACUACUGAUGUUGUUGAAGCUUGCAAAGAUGUCAACAUUGCCAUUAUGGUGGGUGGAUUCCCACGGAAGGAAGGAAUGGAAAGAAAAGAUGUGAUGUCUAAGAAUGUUUCAAUUUACAAGGCUCAAGCUUCAGCCUUGGAGGAGCAUGCUGCUGCAGAUUGUAAAGUGCUAGUGGUUGCCAAUCCAGCAAACACUAAUGCUCUCAUUCUGAAAGAAUUUGCUCCUUCAAUCCCAGCGAAAAAUAUCACAUGUCUCACUAGACUUGAUCACAAUAGAGCAUUAGGCCAAAUCUCAGAGAGGAUAAAUGUUCAUGUCAGUGAUGUAAAAAAUGUCAUCAUUUGGGGCAAUCAUUCUUCAACUCAAUAUCCUGAUGUCAACCAUGCAACUAUCACCACAAGUGGAGGGAUGAAGCCUGUCAGAGAUUUAAUUGCUGAUCACAAUUGGCUAAACACUGAGUUCAUCACCACUGUUCAGCAACGUGGGGCUGCAAUUAUCAAAGCUAGGAAGUUAUCUAGUGCAUUAUCAGCAGCAAGUGCUGCUUGUGAUCAUAUACGUGAUUGGGUUCUAGGUACUCCUAAGGGAACGUGGGUUUCAAUGGGAGUGUGUUCUGAUGGAUCUUAUGGCAUACAACCUGGUCUCAUUUACUCUUUUCCGGUUACAUGUGAGAAAGGGGAAUGGAACAUUGUGCAAGGGCUCAAGAUAGACCAGUUCUCUAGGGACAAGAUGGAUAAAACGGCCCAAGAGCUCAUUGAGGAGAAAACAUUGGCUAAAUCAUGUCUCAAUUGAUGACCACCCAUGUUUACUUAGCAAUUGUGGCUAUUGAAAAUAAAAAGGGACACUUUCCUCAAUAAUAGUUGGUUUUUUUAAUGCAUGCUUACACGAGAAUAUGGCCUUUCAAAUGGAAUAAAAUGUGGAAGUUCCCUUCUUGUUAUAUUUAUAGCUAUUCAAAAGAAAUGAUAUCACACUCUGCGAGCAUUUUAGUGCAA